AGCUUGCCAUCAUUCAAGGUACUUUCCUUCGAUAUUGAAACGAAAAAUCGAGAAAACAAAUUUCCUGAUGCCGCAUUUGAUCCGAUAAUUCAAAUAGGUAACACGAUAAAAAUAGAAGAUACGAAAAUACAAAUUAUUUUUUGUGUCGGUGAAACAGCCUCAAUUGACAAUGCAGAAGUAAGAUGGUUUAAGACAGAAAAAGAAAUGUUACAGGCUUGGUUCAAAUAUAUUUUCAUUUUAGAUUACGAUAUAAUUAUAGGAUACAACAUCAAUUUUUCGAUUUUCCAUAUGUAAUGCAAAGAGCGAAACAGUUUGGGCUCGGUCUGUGUCUUUGUAGACAAUAUCUUGAAAGAACGAAAGAUGCAAAACUGUUCAAUAAAAUCAUUUCAGAGAUACAAACUGUUAAGCAAACAUCUCAAUUUUCUCUGAUGAGCCAAACAGCAAUUACAAUUACAAUUUCAGAAAUAGAGAAAAUACAUCAAAAUGAAAAGGAUUUUCAUUUCUUGUAUCAUUCAAUUGAGGAUCAGUUGAAAACGUGUAAAAAUUGUAGCACAUUGAAAAAAGAUGAAAAUAUUGAAUUUACAUCAAGAUUGACCAUCGAUAUGCUGCCAGUGAUAAAGAAAAGCCAUUCUUUGAGAAGUUACACUUUAAAUAACGUUUCUCAGCAAAUAUUAAACAAUCAGAAGGAGGACAUACCAUAUUAUUUGAUGAACUCUCUUUUCGAGGGAAAUGAGAAAACUCGUAGACGUAUUGCAGUUAAUUGUCUGAAAGACACAAUGCUGCCACUUCUCAUCUUUGAAAAAUUGGUCGUUCUUUUCACGGGUACAGAAAUGGCACGUGUGCUGGGCGUACCGAUCAAUUGGCACUUCAAUAGAGGAAUCUCUAUAAAAAUGUUUACAUUGAUAUUGAGACAGGCUAAGACCCAUAAUUACGUCAUUCCAAUAGUAAGAAGUGAUUCAGAGGGAUAUACAGGUGCAGUCGUCAUCGAUCCAGAGAGAGGAUAUUACGAUGAACCAAUAGCAGUACUUGAUUUUGCAAGUCUUUAUCCAAGUAUCAUUAUAGCACAUCAUUUGUGUUACACUACGCUUGUUCUUAACAAGGAUAAAAACAAAUUCACAGAAGAAGAGGCGUCCAAAACACCGGUUGGCACGAUGUUCAUCAAGAAAAGUAAAAAAGACGGUUUAUUACCAAUAAUCUUACAAUCUUUAUUAAAGAAAAGAAAAGAAGUAAAGAAAAAGAUGACAGAGGAAAAAGAUCCAUUACAAAAAUCACUUAUGAAUGCCAGACAAAACGCAUUUAAAAUAGCAGCGAACUCUCUUUACGGUUUUACCGGUUCAUCAAUCAGUAAAUUGCCAUGUUUAGACAUAGGACAAACAAUCACAGGUUAUGGUAGAGAAAUGAUAGUUCUCACAAAAAACUAUAUAGAAUCUAAUUUCAAUCCUGAAAAGGGGCACAAUUUUACAGCAAAGGUGAUUUACGGUGACACAGAUUCUGUCAUGAUAAAAUUUUUAGGAGAAAAUAUCAACUCUGAUUUUGUUUUUGAUAUAGCAGGUGAAAUGGCAAAAGGAGCAUCCGGUAUCUUUUUAGAUCCUAUAAAAUUAGAAUUUGAAAAGAUCUAUUAUCCUUAUCUGUUAAUGAACAAAAAAAGAUAUGCAGGUGUUAUAGAAACAAGAGAAUUCGUGCCUGCACCAGUUCAAGAAAAAGAAUUGAAAGAUUCAAACAAUAAUGAUGCAAAACGUGCCAAAAAUAUGAUCACCGUGACGAAAAGACGAAUCGACACGAAGGGAAUCAAAACUGUUCGAAGAGACAAUUGCCAAUUGGUAAAACAUUUAAUAGAAGAAUCAUUAGACCUUCUUUUAAUGAAACGAGAUCCUGAAAAGGCAAAGAAGUUCGUGAAAGACACCAUUCGCGAUCUUUAUUUAGAUAAAAUAGAUAUGAGCAUGUUGGUAAUUUCCAAGACGAUUUCAAAAAAAUCUUAUUCAGCGAAACAGGCACAUGUAGAAUUAGCAGAGAAAAUGCAAAAAAGAGAUAAUAUUGUAGCAGAGAUAGGUGAUCGUAUAGCAUUUGUAAUAAUUGAUAAAGGACCGAAAGUGAAUGCAUAUGAAAAAUCAGAAGAUCCAUCAUAUGCCUUACAACACAAUCUAGCACUGGAUAUAAAAUAUUAUAUCGAGCAACAGAUAAGCAAUCCAGUUCAAAGAUUAUUUGAACCAUUGAUGGAUAAUGUAAAUGAACUAUUUCAAGGUGAACAUACCAAAACAAGAGUCAAAUCAGGACAGAUGGCCGGGCCAAUGGCCAAAUUUGUACAGAAAUCCGAGACAUGCAUAUCUUGUAAAACAAGAGGCUCAAUUUUAUGUAAGGCAUGCGAGCCCAAUUUUUUGGAGAUUUACACCAGUCGUUUAGAAGAUUUAAGAAAAACAGAAGAGAUUUUCAAUAAAUGUUGGUUAGAAUGUCAGAGAUGUAUACAAUCUGUAUGUAGUGAGGUGAUAUGUGCUAAUAAAGAUUGUCCAAUAUUUUUUAAAAGAGCUAAGGCAAGAAAAACAUUAGAUGAAAUAACAAACAACAUCUCCAAACUUGAUACGCUCAAAUGGUGAAAUAAAAAUAUGGUGAAAUAAAAAUGUCAUUCUUUUUUA